AUGACUACCGCAGUCAUUGAGUCUGGAAUCCAGGUGGUGGUCCAGUCGCCAGCUCCGACCAUGCCUGAGGAGCAGCAGCCCGAGCUCGAGCAGAUCCAGGAGGUUAAGGACAUUUCUCUGGACCUUGAGCGCGAUCAAGAGAACAAUAAUCUUUCAGUUAACAGUUAUCAGCAGGAACAGGAACAGGACAGUGGGGGUAAGAUCGAACCGCAGAUCAAUCUCAUCAGUGAUAGUAUACAGGACAACUACCAGGACUUGAUGACGUCGACAAUGAUCCUCACCAGGCAGGAAAACUUCAUUGAAGAUGACGGAAAUCUUGAUAGAACGACUGGACUCUACAUAAGAUUGGUUAUCAAGCAAGAUGGACGGCCGGAUCUUGUUUGGCUUUAUAAAACUCACAAGUUUUGAAUUUUUUUUCGGUUUUAUUAACUGAUAGUAGGAUUUGUUGAUUUUUGAUAAGAUUUAUCACUUGUUAUUAAAUCACGUUACUGAUACGAAAAGGGUGUAUCUCAAAAUAGACAUCCUUUUGGCUUUGCAAAACCAAAAGGGCGGAUAAAAAAAAUUUUUUGUUUCCAAUGAACUUGAGAAUGUAUAAAAAUAAAAAUCUGGCUGAAUAACAUAAAAUAGAAUCUAUUUUAUGUUAUGUUUCGACGUUCUAAUUAGCAAAUUGUCUAACUCCAUUUUAAAGAA